GUAUGUUCCCUUCCGCCUACUAUGUUCUCUUCAGCCUACUUGGAAUGUCACUUCAGACUACACCUGAUUUUUCCAUUAGAAUUUGAUAAAGCUUUUGCCCCUACCAUGUUACUUCCACCCUACUAUGUUCAUUCCACCCUACCAUGUUCCUUCCACCCUACUAUGUUCCUUCCACCCUACCAUGUUCCUUCCACCCUACUAUGUUCCUUUCCACCCUACCAUGUUCCUUCCACCCUACUAUGUUCCUUCCACACUACUAUGUUCCUUCCACCCUACCAUGUUCCUUCCACCCUACUAUGUUAUUUCAACCUUACAAUUUUCCUUCCACCCUACUAUGUUCCUUCCACCUUACUAUGUUCUUUCCACCCUACUAUGUUCCUUCCACCCUACUAUGUUAUUUCAACCUUACAAUUUUCCUUCCACCCUACUACUAUGUUCCUUCCACCUUACUAUGUUCCUUCCACCCUACUAUGUUCCUUACAGCCUAUCAGUAGGCUGGGAGGCAUUCUUGUCCGAUUCCAGAGUCAUCACACUUUUCUUAUUUUCUUAAAUUUAUAAUCCAAUUCAUUCACAUACCUGUGGUACUUACUUCUUGGUCCUUUCUAAAUCCCUUUUUUUUCAGCAGUUAAACGAAUUCUUCGGCCCAGUAUCCUUAUCCUCAGCAGGUGUUUUAGUCCUUUCACAACA